GCCGCGCGGCGCGGAGCAAACAGCGCCGAGCCGCCGCCGCCUCAGCAGCAGCAGCAGCGAUCGUGCACACCCGGGCUGCGGUCGCAGCAGCGCUAACGUGAGCGCCCGCCGCCGCCCUCGCCACCCCGCCUGACUACUCCAGCUGCCGCCGGGCUCUCGCUUUCUCUCCGGCCUCCCCUCGACCCUUCCCCUCCCCCUACCCGGCACUCUCGGGGGGCUGGGAGCGAGCUGCCAUGUGAUGCGCGUCCUCUCGGUGAGCUUUUGGUGACCCCCCGAACCGCCCACCGCGCCGGCUCCCUGGAGGGGGCUGCAGGCUGGGAAGACGCAGGGAAGAGGAGGCGGAAAAGGACGCAAAGUUCUCUGGCGAGUGCAGCUGUCUGCUUCAGGAAGUGAGGACUACAGCAACGAGGAGAAUCUUCAAGAGCUGCCUCGCACUGUGACAUGUCUGAGCCCUUGCUCCAGUCCCUGCAGCAUGAACAAGGCAUGUGGCUUCUCCUGGAGAGGACGCUCUGCUCAACAGGGAAUCUCCAAACCCAACACCUCUACACAGCACAGCACAGAGCCAAGCUGAGCCCCAUAUAAAUCACUGUGGAGCAAGCAAGUCAUAUCUCUCCAGCUUCCCCGAAGCCAUAGUGGACACUCACUGACCUGUCACAAGGUUACUCUGCAAAGCUUUGGGGUCCAUGCCUGAAUGGAUUGCUGUAGCCUUCUCAUCUCUCCCUUCGCCCAGUUCCCUGCAUCCUAAGACUCGAAGCCAGCACAGAGCCUGGAAAAAUUACAUGGUGUGAACGGCAUGUCUGUGGAUGAGAAGCCUGACUCCCCCAUGUAUGUGUAUGAGUCCACAGUCCACUGCACCAACAUCCUCCUGGGCCUCAAUGACCAGCGGAAAAAGGAUAUUCUCUGUGACGUGACUCUGAUCGUGGAAAGGAAGGAGUUCCGGGCCCACCGGGCUGUGCUGGCCGCAUGCAGUGAAUACUUCUGGCAGGCGCUGGUUGGACAGACGAAAAAUGACUUGGUGGUCAGCUUGCCUGAGGAGGUCACGGCCAGGGGCUUUGGGCCUCUGCUACAGUUUGCCUACACCGCCAAACUAUUACUCAGCAGAGAAAACAUCCGCGAGGUCAUCCGCUGUGCUGAGUUCCUGCGCAUGCAUAACCUGGAGGACUCCUGCUUCAGCUUCCUGCAGACCCAGCUCCUGAACAGUGAGGAUGGCCUGUUCGUGUGCCGGAAGGACACGGCGUGCCAGCGCCCGCACGAGGACCGUGAGAACUCCGCGGGAGAGGAGGAGGAGGAGGAGGAGGAGACGAUGGACUCCGAGACGGCCAAGAUGGCGUGCCCCAGGGACCAGAUGCUUCCAGACCCCAUCAGCUUUGAGGCCACCGCCAUCCCAGUAGCCGAGAAGGAAGAAGCUUUGCUGCCCGAGUCGGAUGUGCCGGCCGACACCAAGGAGAGCUCUGAAAAGGACGCGUUAACACAGUACCCCAGAUACAAGAAAUACCAGCUUGCAUGUACCAAGAAUGUCUACAAUGCAUCAUCACACAGUACCUCAGGUUUUGCAAGCACAUUCAGUGAAGAGAACUCUAGCAACAGCCUCAAGCCGGGGCUUGCCGUGGGGCAGAUUAAAAGUGAGCCGCCCAGUGAAGAGAACGAGGAAGAGAGCAUCACGCUCUGCCUGUCCGGAGAUGAGCCUGACAGCAAGGAACGAGCGGGUGAUAUCGAAAUGGACCGGAAACAGCCCAGCCCCGCCCCCGGCCCCGCCCCCGCCGCCGGGGCCACCUGCCUGGAGAGAUCCAGGAGCGUGUCUUCCCCCUCCUGUUUAAGGUCUCUGUUCAGCAUAAAAAAUAGUGUGGAGUUGUCUGGCCUGCCCAGUACCUCUCAGCAGCACUUUGCCAGGAGUUCAGCGUGCCCUUUUGACAAGGGGAUCACUCAGGGUGACCUUAAAACUGACUACGCCCCUUUCCCGGGGAAUUACGGACAGCCCCACCUGGGCCAGAAGGACCCGUCCAACUUCACCAUGGGGUCGCCCCUCAAGGGGCCUGGGUUGGAGGCUCUCUGUAAACAGGAAGGAGAGCUGGACCGGAGAAGUGUGAUCUUCUCCUCGAGCGCUUGUGACCAAGUGAGCACUGCGGUGCAUUCGUAUUCUGGGGUAAGCAGUUUGGACAAAGACCUCUCCGAGCCGGUGCCAAAGGGUCUGUGGGUGGGGGCUGGCCAGUCCCUCCCCAGCUCACAGGCCUACGCCCACGGUGGGCUGAUGGCUGACCAUUUGCCAGGAAGGAUACGGCCCAACACUAGCUGCCCGGUGCCGAUCAAAGUCUGCCCUCGCUCGCCCCCCUUGGAGACCAGGACCAGGACUUCCAGCUCAUGCUCCUCCUAUUCCUACGCAGAGGAUGGGAGCGGGGGCUCACCCUGCAGCCUCCCUCUCUGUGAGUUCUCCUCCUCGCCCUGUUCCCAGGGAGCCAGAUUCCUAGCCACAGAACAUCAGGAACCAGGCCUGAUGGGAGAUGGAAUGUACAACCAAGUCCGACCCCAAAUUAAAUGUGAGCAGUCUUAUGGAACCAACUCCAGCGACGAAUCCGGAUCGUUCUCGGAAGCAGACAGUGAGUCGUGUCCCGUGCAGGACAGGGGCCAGGAGGUCAAACUUCCCUUUCCUGUAGAUCAAAUCACAGAUCUUCCAAGGAACGAUUUCCAGAUGAUGAUUAAGAUGCACAAGCUAACCUCAGAACAGUUAGAGUUCAUUCACGACGUCCGACGGCGCAGCAAGAACCGCAUCGCGGCCCAGCGCUGCCGCAAGAGGAAACUAGACUGUAUUCAGAAUUUAGAAUGUGAAAUCCGCAAAUUGGUGUGUGAGAAAGAGAAGCUGUUGUCAGAGAGGAACCAACUGAAAGCCUGCAUGGGGGAGCUGCUGGACAACUUCUCCUGCCUUUCCCAGGAAGUCUGCCGCGACAUCCAGAGCCCUGAGCAGAUCCAGGCCCUGCACCGGUACUGCCCCGUCCUCAGACCCGUGGGCCUCCCCGCAGCCUCCAGUAUUAACCCCGCGCCCUUGGGCGUCGAGCAGAACCUGGCCGCCGCGCAGUGUGCGGUGGGCGAAAGCGCGCCCUGCUGCUUGGAGCCCGGAGCGGCUCCCCCCGGCCCCCCCUGGGCCCCUGGCUGCGCCCCGGAAAACUGUACUUCCGGGAGGAGGCCGGAGGGCGCUGAGCCGGGAACCUUCUCAGAGAGGGCGCCUCCUCUUGAAUCCAGGAGCCAGACGGUGACCGUGGACUUCUGCCAGGAGAUGACUGAUAAGUGUACGACUGACGAGCAGCCCCGGAAAGAGUACACCUAGUGACCCGGCCCGCCUUCCAGUUCUCCCACGUCUCCCCCCCCCCCACCCCUCAGGGGGUUCCUCGGUCAGCCUGCGGUGCUGUUCAUCUGUUGUCUGGAAGAACCAAGAAGGAAUUUGGUGCACACUACAGCGUUCUAAGCAGCAAUACUGUUUCUAAGUAUUCCCUCCUCUCUCCACGCGGGAGUGAUACACAGUUCCCUUCACAAUGGUGCUACCCCUUGCCCAGGCAAGGAAAGACGGCGGUGGUGACGCUGCCUGUCUGUGGGUUAAUUUCAGUCUCAACAGGGAUAGACUAUAACACCUCUAGGACCCAACCACGGAUUUUUUUUCUCAGUGGCCCAUGUCACAAACCCUAUCUCAGGAAUUUCUUCUGAAUGUUCAAUUUUUUCAUUGAAGACAGCUUCUAUACACAUCAAAGUUUUAUAGCUAGACUGUACAUAUUAUAUAUAAUAUAUAUAUAAAAUAUAUAUAUAUCCAUAUGCAAAAGUCCUGCAUGCCUCAAUUUUCUCAUCCUGAAACUGGAAACUUCAUUUCUCGUUUAUCAACAGGUUCCAACAUUCCUCUUCUUUUGUCUCCGAUGCUAGAACUAGUUUGGUAACUGUUAACAUAGUCAUUUUUCUUGCUUCACAGUUCAAUUUCAGUUUGUACUUAUUUAUGGAACAGAAUUCAAUGUUGGAAGCUUUUUUUUUUUUUUGAGGUUUUAUUUCAGACCCUUUUUCUGUUGUUGUUUGGUUUGCUUUGGGCACCAUCGGCCGGUGUCCUCGGAGUGUCGUGGGUUUGUUGUUGUUUUUUUUCUUGCAGAUACUGUACAGUCAUGGUCAACUUUGCCACUUGCACUGAGUUUUGGGUCAAACCUAUUUUCUUAAAUGAAGUUGUUAUUACUUCAGUAUAACUCAAGUAUACUGUAUAUUCUUUGCUUUUAGUUGAAAAGUAAGACAUUUUAGCUAAUUAAAAAGCACUCAGGUGAUAAUUAUGUAGGAAAAAUAAUCUUGCCAAAUAAUGAAUUCAUCCUAGGAUGUGUAGACAAUAAUCUGCUUGAAUAUUUUUAUAUUUCACCUCCUCCCCACCUCUCCCGGAAGCAAAGUUUAAAUGCAGAGAGUUCAGAGUUGAUGCUGGAUGUUCAGACUCCUAAGUGGGGAGAGAAUUUGGACGUCCACUGGAAAGUGCAUCCAAACAGCAGGAACCCAUGAUUUUGUACCAGAACUCAGCAGGCAUUGGCUCCUAAAAAUCAAGUUAGAACUAUUUUCUCACCCAGGGGGCGAGUCCCAUUCAUUUCAACCCGUCCUCAGGCCUCUGCCUGUUCUUGGAAGGGCAGCGCAGGAGGAACUUUGUGGAAGGAUUUGGCUGAUCAGCCACCCGACCACCCCGGCCCCCUGCUCCCCUGUCCAGGCCUGCUACGCAAGCUGGGCUCCCAGGACCUCUCACCUGAGUCAGUUUAAAUCACAGCACCUGGGGUCCUGCCUGUAAGCGGCGUCCUGGGUUAAUGCAGCUUGCCCAGAGUAGGAGAGAGUGGGCACAUGUGAGCCUGGGGUCUGUCCCUGAUGCAGGCAAAAGAAUUUCUUUCUCCCUCCCUUCUCCAAAUGCUUUGAGUUGAAUUCUGAGGGUUUUCUGCUUGUCUCUUGUCCAAAGGCAGAUUUCGUUCUGAGGCUUUGGACACGAUAUGGCCAAGGAGCCCCCCUGCCCCCUUACCCCGCCACACACACACACACACACAC